UUUGAUUAGAGAUCCUUGAUCGAAAAAGUAAACAAUUUUGAAAGUCUAGUUGAAGGUUAGUUACUAAUGUUGGAAUAUUUACCAAGUCAUGCUGUGGCAUCUGAAACCAACGAGCCUUUGCAAAUUCGACACUCUGGAAGGUGACUCGCAGUUCUUCAAUAAUAUCAAUUUUCAAUCUUGCGAAACUUAUCUAAUUACAUUUAUCUGAAAUGUCAACAGUGCACUAGUGCCAGCACGUGGUUUUUGACAACAGGUCGUCAGCGAACGAGGUUUAGAAAACGAAUUUUUGUCAAAAUCUCUUUUACAAAUGUUCCCUUAUACUGAAAUCCUUUGGUAGUUUCACCGUUAAUUAAAAUGGCACUAGAGGAUCCCGCUUAUCGCAUUACACCGGCACAACAAGCCGCAGCUUCGUGUACCGGGGCUAUUUUAACCUCACUUUUAGUAACACCUUUAGACGUAGUCAAAAUUAGAUUGCAAGCACAACAAAAGUACACUGAAAGGACAAACGCAAACGGUAGAUGUUAUUUAUAUUGCAAUGGACUUAUGGACCAUUUUUGUGGUUGUGGUCCUGGAAAUGGACAAAAACAGUGGUUUCAACGACCUGGACAUUUUAAUGGAACAUUAGACGCAUUUAUUAAAAUUAGUCGGAAUGAAGGUAUUUUUUCUUUAUGGAGUGGAUUAGGCCCAACGCUGGUCCUAGCCAUUCCUACCACAAUUUUAUAUUUUGUAUCAUAUGAACAGUCACGGUUAUAUUUAAAAGAGUUGUACAACAGACAUUUGCCACCAGAUCGUGAGAAAGUGCAACCUCAUUGGAUACCAUUAGUUGCUGGCGCAACAGCAAGAAUUUUUGCAGUUACAGUUGUUAAUCCAUUAGAAUUGGUUAGAACUAAGAUGCAGUCUAAACGAAUAACAUAUACUGAAAUUAGAAAAUCACUUAAAAUAUUCAUACAACAGAAUGGAUAUGCAGGCCUAUGGACAGGUAUUGUACCUACAUUGUGUAGAGAUGUACCUUUUUCUGCUAUAUAUUGGAUGAGUUAUGAAAAUAUAAAGGAAUAUUUUGGGUCUGAAGUACCAACUUUGGGACUUAGUUUUUUUGCAGGCGCUGUAUCAGGAUCUCUGGCUGCAUUUUUAACAGUACCGUUUGAUGUGGUAAAAACACAUCAGCAGAUAGAAAUUGGUGAGAAGACAAUAUAUACUGAUAAACCAAAGAAAUUAAAAACAAUGUUUGAAGCUAUAAGAGACAUUUAUAGGCACAAUGGAUAUCGGGGUUUGUAUGCUGGUUUAGUUCCGCGACUAGUCAAAGUUGCCCCAGCAUGCGCCAUUAUGAUUUCCUCAUUUGAAUAUGGCAAAGUAUUCUUUUACAGAUAUAACGAAUUUAUGUUUCACCAUGGUGCGAGUCUUCACGAAAUAACUGAUUUUUACGCCGAAGAAUACUUUCCCCCUGAACAUACUUAGGUAUAAUAAAAUUAGACAGUUUGCUUUAAAACUUUAUUUAAAAUGUAUGAGGUCAUGUGAGUGUGUAUACAUAUUAAUUAUAAAUAUGGAAUUACAAGCCUGUUGUUUAAUAAAAGUUUUAUUUAUGA